GGCGCAGCGCGGAGUUCGGAGGCGGCAGCGGCAGCGACAGAAGCAGCCGCCUCAGCAAUAGAUCAGGCGAGCCCGUCCCGUCGGUGAGCCCGCCUGUCUGCGCCAUGGAACCUGAGCCGGUUGAAGAAUGCGUCCAGAGUACGCUGGCUGCCUUGUACCCCCCCUUCGAAGCCACUGCCCCCACCCUGCUGAGCCAGGUCUUCGAGGUGCUGGAGCGGACGUACCAGCACGACGCCCUGCGCUACACCCUCGACUUCCUUGUUCCUGCCAAGCACAUCCUGGCUCGCAUCCAGAGUGAAGCCUGUGCUCAGUAUAGUGGCUUUGUGUUCUGCCACGAGGGUUGGCCACUGUGCCUCCGUGAGAAGGUCCUAGUGCAGCUGGGCUCUCUGCCCUGGCAGCACCUCUGCCCUGGCGAUUUCUACCUGCAAGUGGUGCCUCACCGGGAGUGCUCUCCGCGUCUGGUGCUGAAAUGUCUGUCCCCAGAGGGACGUGGCGUCCAGGAGCUGCCCGUGUCCUCUGACUCCUACCCAUUCCUUUUCACCGUCGAGUGGCUCAAUGGCAUCAACAAGGAACGCCGAGCGGGGCGCCUGGAGCGUUGCCUCCUGGCUGCUGGAGAGAAGGUGCUGAGCCUGCCCUGGCCGGAACUGGUCUAUCCCCAGUUUGUGCACAAGGACGGGUUCAUUGUGGGCCAGCGGUGCCCUGCGGAUUUGCCUCCUGAGGUCCUGGGGGCCCGGAGCCCUGGAGACGGGCGCCAUUCCGGCGGCGAGAACCGGGAGUCCGAGGGGGAAUACGUUCACCUCCUGGAGGUCAGCCCCACCCUGCACCAAGCCCCCAGGAUCCCACAGCCUUGUGGUACCCAAAUCCAGACAAUGCCUACUCGCAAGGGGCACAAUAAGAGCAGGAGCCGGCGCCAUCGGGCCUGGCUCCACCACAAGUCUGGGUGUGGGGAGAACUUUGCCUUGCGCCAGGCCUGCAAAACCCAGGAGGCGGAGAGGUGCAGCCGAGAAAGCAGCGCUCGGGGGGAUAGGGUUGAGCAGCAGAGAGGAAAUCCUAGCCUAGUCCUGGGUCUAGCAUCAGAAGCCUCUCAGGAAGUGGUGAGCUUGAGUCCUGGGCAACUAGAGCAAAACCAGAGCCCCUCUGGAACUGAGGCACGGGCGGCCAUUUUUGGUGUUGGUGCUACUGCUGCUGCCGCCACUGAGGACACAGGACCAGGGAAAUCGGAAGUGCCAGGAACUGUCCACCACGAUCCUUCUCGUUCCAAGGAGGACAGCAAUGAGAACCACUCUCCGGCUGCAGCCACACCAAAACGCACCGCCAAGGGAAACCGCAGGAAGAAAAAGGGGGCCGGGAGAGGAGGCGGCGGACGAAUUAGACAGGGGGGCGAUUUGGCUAGCAAAGAAGCAGCAGCUUCUACUGAUAUAAAAGAGCCCAGGAAAGAGGAAAUUUCUGUUGGUACAAGGGAACAGGAUUCGAGGAAUGCAGAAGCCGUAAUUAGCACCCAAGAGCAAGCAGCUAGCAUCGAGGACUGCUGUGUCAGCAUCGCAGUUUGCAACAGCACCCAGGAGAGAAGUAGCGUCCCAGGGGAUCGAAGCCUUGUCGCUGGAGAGGAGGUUGUCAGUGCCAGUGAGUUGGCUGCUGGCACUGGAGAAUGUACUGUUGACACCAGGGAGCCAGAGGGUGAUGCAGAAAAGUGCUCUCUUUCUGUCGGUGAUGGUGGCAUUGGCACCAGUGGAAGGGGCAUUGGCAGAGAAGGCCCGAGCCUUAUUGCCGAAGAUCCAGCUGCUUCUGCUGAGGCUGACGGACCUGCAGUUGGCAGAGAGGAGCAGAGCAUCAGCCUCCCAGGGCAAGGGUUCGAUGGUACUGAAGGGCCUUGUGUGGGAGAACAGGGCCUCCCCAUGAGGACCGAAGAAGCGGCGUUGAUCCCCUUGCCAAAGAAGAAGGAGCCAAGUGCUGAUGGCAGAGAGGGAGCCCUAAGUACUGCAGCUGAGCAGAGUGCAGAGGAAGCACAGAAUUCCCCUCACCUUGCUGCAGUUCAUCUCGGGCAGGCUGUAGACUGGGCGCUUGUGCUAUCGGGUGUCUUUGCUCUAACAGGAGGAAUGGACAGGUCAGGACGGCCCUUGCUAAUUGUGGUGCCUCAGCCUCUUCGGGAUGAGCUGCCACCAGGACAAACUGAUCUAGUCAAUACCAUGAGAUACCUGUACUCCCUUCUCAGGCAAGAGCUGAAGGCCCGUGGGUUGACAGUAUUGUUGGACCUGAGCCAGGUGGAUGACUGGGCCCUCCAGGCCCCUGUGCUGCUGCCGGCCAUUAGGACAUUCCAGGAGAGUUCUCCAGCCCCCAUCCGUCAGCUGCUGGUGAUAUUGCCACCCGAUGACCGUUUUGUACCCCAUGAAGAGGAGCUGGUUUUGGAACCUGCUGCGGAGGUCAGAGUUCUCUCUCUUCCUGAACUGCCACAUUAUGUGGCUUUGGACCAGCUGACCCCGAUGCUAGGAGGGACCCUGAACUACUCACCAUGCAAAUGGGUUGAGGAACACCAGGCUCUUGAGCAACUGCAGUCUCUCUGUCGUAGUGUCCUACAGGCUGUGUGCGAGGCCAGUGCCCACCUUGAAGCAGUGGGAACAGCGUCAAGUCAAGAGGAACUGUCGGCCCAGAUCACCUUGCACCAAGAGACCAUGCAGAAGCUCCUCUCAGAGCCGCGCCUGCUGGAGCUCCAGCGCCGUGGGGGGGCCUUGCUGGCACGGCUGCCCCCCCUGGGGCCCUGCAGCACAGAGGCUGUGGCUGCCACCAGGCUCUACCAAGAAGUGGAUGAGGCCCUUCAUAGGCUGGUCCAGCUCAGCAACCAGCGCCUGGAGGUGCUGCAACAGGAACGGGAAAAUGCACAGGUUCAGGAACAAGCUCUGGAAAAGAAGGCCCAUCUUGAAUCUACUGGCAAUUGUGUGGAAGAGAAAAGGGAAGCAAAGAGGCCUGUUGAAGGGUUGGCUGAGGGGGCAUCACUGGAGAGGACACUGCUGCAGAGCCCCAAGUCCCCAGGGAGGAUGCAGCCCGUGCCAGAAGCUGGCGGUGCCCCACGGCCCCGUGCCUGCAGCAUCAGUGCCUCCUCCUCACCCAAGCAUGGCUGGGGCCUGGGGUCCAGAUUUGGCUCCUCUUGCAGCCUGACCUCCCUCUUCCAGCCGCACCCCAGCCCCAAGGCCUCCCCUUGCUGUUCUCCCACUCGAAGCAGCGUCCUGGAGAGCGGCAAGAAGAGGCAGGGCCUUCCCAGCAGCCCCAAAUCAUCUCUGUCCCCUGUCUCCCAGCUGGCUUUGCGGGCCUUGAGUGACCCUGGCCGCCCCAGUGUGCAUAUCCGCGGCCUGGAGGUGAGCAGCCGCGAGCUGGCAGAUAGGAGCUGUUCUCCCCGUGAACAUGUGCUGCUGAGCCGUAGCGGGACCCACGUUGCAGAAGCACCUUGGGGGGCCACACCUCGCACGGAAAGAAGGCGCUGCCUUGGGGUCCAACAGCAACUUCUGGCUGAGCUGCUGGAGUGUGAGCGGGAGUAUUUGACCGCCCUUGCCCAGCCCCUCUCUCUCUCCCAAGAACCUGGGGGACAGGCCUGGCCGGCUGAACUGAGGUGCUUGGGCAGUGCUCUCCGUGCCCUGCGGGACCAAUUGCUGGCUUUCCACACCAACUACUUCCUUGGCGAGUUAGAGGGGUGCAUGAACCACCCGUCACGUGCUGGGGGCUGCUUCCUGCGACAUGGAGAGAAGCUUCAACUUUAUGCCACGUAUGCCAAAGAGCACCAUAAAUUCCAGGCUGCCCUGGCUUUGCUUCGAACCACCAGCAAGAAGAGCCCGGCAGAGCUGCGCGAGGACGGGCAAACGGCGCACACGUUGCGUGUGCCCCUGGAGCAGCUGGAGCGGUAUCGGCGCUUCCUGGGUGAGCUGCUGCGCGAAUGUGAGCUGGAGCGGGGGCCUGACCGCCAAGCCCUGCAGGAGGCCCAGCAGCUGCUGGAGGCCCAGGAGCAGCGAGGCAGGGACCUGCUGGCCGCAGAGCAGAUCCGGGGCUGCGAGAUGAAACUAUCGGAACAAGGGCCGCUGCUGCAGCGUGGCGAGCUCACCGUGGUGUGUGGGCGCCGUAAGUGCCAGCGGCAUGUCUUCCUCUUUGAGCGGCUGCUGCUCUUCACCAAGUGCAAGGGACCGGAGGGCGGCUACGUCUGCAAACAGGCCUUGCAGACAGCAUCCAUGGGGUUGACAGAGAGUGUGGGGCCUAGUGGGCUACGCUUUGAGCUAUGGUUUGGACGUGGACCAGGCCGACAGGCCUACACACUGCAGGCAGCCUCUGCUGAAGUUAAGCAUCAAUGGACAAAUGUUAUAGCCCAACUGCUAUGGAGACAGGCUGCUCAUCCGUCUGUCUCGAUGAGCAUAUCCUCCUGCCCUGCCCAGCGCCUGGCCCCUCUCGGCCUUGGGCCUGGGGCGCCUCCUGGGCUGUCGUUACCCGGCCACUUUGAGGAAGAGGAAUGGGACCUGGAUGUCAAGCCCAUCCCAAGGGCCGAGACGUCUGAGUCCGAUGGACCCUCCCCAAGCCACCAAGAGCUACCUAGGCAAGGAAGAGGAUCAUUGCCCGGCAGCAGCACUGCUCUGGGGCACCCCCAGUCGAGCUCUGGCGUUGCCGACGAACCAGUGACCCCACUCUGAGGCCAUGGCGGCCAGCAUUGGGUGUGGAGUCUACACCGGAAGCUGUUCUCCCCAGGCAGCCGUGGAAGGCAGGACUCAAACCCCAGGAACUCUGGGAACAGAACUGUCUGAGCUCCACCAAACCUUGGAGAAGGGGCAUGAAUGGGCACUAAUGUCAAGCAGUCCUAUGACCUGCUCCUAACAAGACUCCUGAUGGCUGUCCCAUUCACUCCCCUCUACUAUCAUCCCACAGGAACAGCCAGCCAUGGGCUGCAGUCUACCUUGAGAUGGCUCUGCCCUAUCCCUGGCAGUACCCAUCCAGUGCCUUUUCCACCAUUUUUUUGGGCUGCAAAAUACUGGAGAUUCUUGACCAAGCUGAUGUGGUUGGUAGUGAAAUAGUUGUGUAUUAGGCAAGGAAGGCCAAACAAAUGAGCUCUGGGCUGACCCAAACUAAAGUGCAGACUAGGAGGAAACUCAGUGGAGUCACUGAUCGAGUGGGGUGGUUUCCAGACAGUGUUGAACUACUCAUUUGCCUGGUGCCCUACCUCUGAUCACAGCUUCAGUCUCUUGCCCAAUUGGUAUUCUGAUCAUUUUGAUGGGAGAUGGAAGGAAGAAUCUGGGCUGCACUUGCUAGGCAACUACAGUAUGCACUCCCCAAACCAUGUCCAGGUUAGCCCAAGAGGAAAAGGAGAAGAAAGAUGGGUCUGGAUUGCAUGGUGAAUUACUGUAGGACACAAAACCACCUUCAUCCAGAGAGGGAGUUCAGAGGCAGGCCCAGCCAAGAGGAAAGGCAUGAUACAGCAAUAUACAUAAUGUUAUGGAGGUUCACAUAAUACAGCUCUUCUAGUACCACUUUAGAUUGCAGAUGGGUAGCGUGUUUGCAUACCCCCACAUAAAGAAAACUAGUAUGCCAAGAAGGGUUCUAACUUAAUUCAUCUCCCUGGUGUGCUGUUUUAUUAAAAUAUGUAAAGAGUUUUGACAAGUAAGAAUACUUGGUCAAGUUUACUUCCCCACACUCAUGUUUGCAGUCUGAGGACAGAAUCCAAAGAGGGCUGUAUCAUGAUUCUGCUACACCUGGGGAAGUUUCCCCCCUCCCUUGGUUGUUUUUGUUUGUUUUUGAGAUAAGUCUCUGCACACAGUAAUGCUACCACGUUGUUAUGAAUACAGUAAGCCUACAACUUAUGUGGGGGUUACAUUCCAGGGAUCGCAUUUAAAGCCAAAGUCAUGUAUAGUCAAAACACACUUGAGUGCAAUGGUGGGUGGAAUUGCCAAAGUCAUUUUUCCUAGAUGCCUACCCUCUUUCCGCCUCCCUUAAAAACAACAACAAAAUAUUAUUACCAAGUGUGUGAAGCUGAAUGCGCACAAGUUAAAUGUGGUUAAGUUGCAGGCUUACUGUAUGAGGAAAAAGUAAAGUGCAAAAAAACACAGGAGCUGUGAGUGUUUUGCCUCUCUUUUGGAUUACAGUACUUGUUGGAGGUCUGCAAACACCCUUCUGCAAUGUCUGUGACAUUUUAGAAUCUGAACUGUAGGAACUGAUCUCUAACAAAUGGUGCUAUAUUUUGUUAGGUAGCUGAAUAUGUGAUUUUGCUCAUUCAGACUCUUCUGUUGGAUACAAAUAGCCUACCUUUGGUCUGAUUUUGGUAACUUGAGUUGCUCAGCAAACUUACUCUCUUUGGCAGGUCUUGUGCUGGAUUUAAACCUGUGGCCUCUCAUAGAAAUCACACACACUCCUCCUGCCCACAUGAAAAAGGGUUAGUAAACUCACUUGGGUGUAUAGAGACUAAGUUAGUGGCACUUAGUUCCCGUUGAAAUCAGCAGGAGUCGUAACCAACUUUUCACGUUGAUUUCAACAGUGACUUGAGUGCAAAACCACCCUGUGAGCUUCAGAUGAAGGGCAGUAUAGAAAUUUAAUAAAUAAUAAUUAUGAUACUAAGGUAGCCUCAAUCCAACUAACUGUGUGUGGACUAUACUGCUUCAAAAACAAACAUUAAUAGGGAAGCAGAAAAAAAAAUGCAAAAGAUAAGCAGUAAUAAUGGAAGACAUGUUUGUAAUGUCAAAAUGGUGCACAGGCCAGGCAAAGUUCUUGAGAUUUGUAAGGAAACAUAGGAAUUCUUUCACACAGAACACUGAAAGCGGCUGCUAACUACCACCUCUUCUCUCAACCUUUUCAAAUACUGGCCCACCAAUCCUCAUCAGCCCCAUGUAUGUCAAGAGCACUGAUAUAUAUGCCUUUGUCCAACUUGCCACUAUAGAGCUGUGGCUCUAAAACCCCCUCCCUCCAGUUGGAUUGGAAUAAAUGUCUCCAUUUACAACCACUUUUUGAUGAGGCUGGUGCUAGCUUGUGCUUUGACCUAACCACUAAAGUAAAAUAUAAUGCAGAAAAGCAGCUUCAAAUGUGCAAAACAGGCAGAAAUGAGACUAGUUCUUGAAAAAGAGUAUGUACGGUAGUAAAUCUGUGUCUGGGUGUACCACUUGACCAACUAGACAUGAUGGUCCAUGUGUUUAAACACGGAACUGCUCCUGUUAUGUAUGAAAAAGGUGUACAUGUUAAGUUUAACCGCAAAUUGGUCAAUGGGUACAAAUUGCAGAACCCUCCCCUGACUGUGGUUUAUCUCCCUGAAUGCUUGGCAAUCCUAACCCAUUCAAUCCUUUUGCUGUUGAAAACAUGCGCUUCUCACGUUACUGGGCAGCUUCAUGUUUGUACACGGCACUGUCAUCAUCAUAUGUAGCAUCUCGAUUCACAUGCCUGCUAUUCCACGCUAACAUUCCCUGGACACAGAAAACUUGACAUGACAGGAAGAAGGGUAGGCAUUCUCAGAAACUAGUUCUCAAAGCACAGGGAAUUGUAUUUGGAUGAACAUUUAGUCACAUGAGCACCUGCCUGCACCAGAGUGAAGCAGUACAAUCCAUACAUAAGUUUAGCAUACUUGCUAUAUGUGAAGUCUAGCUACUGUAAACUGAUGUGGGUUCAAAAUUCAGGGUAUCAUGGUAGGGGACUGUUUUCACAAUUAGAAGCAUUUUGUGUGUGUGUUCAAAAUCAGAGCUCCAGCCCUGAGUUUUGCGGCAUCUGCAACUCUUUACCUGUGCUAGCCUCAAAUUACCAACAUUGUUUUUAGUGUUAUGAAAUGGAAAAGGUGAGGAAGGGCCAACAGUAAGUUGGAGUUGAGGUUGGUCCUGGGGAAGGUAGAAGCCCAAGUAAAGUAGAAAGUACGGGUACUGCAAGUGUUCCCAUUAAAAGGGUUCUCCAAAUGGCUGCUCUGCUGGCUGGGAAGAUAUGGUGUUCUAGCUAUGCUGGUUCAAAGAAGUAAAAAUUGUGCAAGCUGCACAGAUUGGUUCUUCAGGCACAGGUGUUCACGGGAAAAUUAAAAUAUGAUGGGAACAAACUAAUUUUUAACCCAUUUGAAGAGUAAUUUUUAGCUACUGCUGCCCAUGAACCUAAGCCAUGUAAGGUACUAAGCAAACCCCUUGGGUGUCUGUAAAUUAAUGGUUACCUUUGCCAAACAUGUAAUCUUGUCAAAAUAAUCAGUCGGGUUUGUCUAACAAGACCUUAUUUUAUAUAAAAAGCAUGCUGAACUGUA